CCUAACUAACCAACAGCCAACGAACUGCCACCACUCGAUGCCAUGUUAUUCCAUCCAUCCAUCCAACCAUCCAUCCACCGCCCGUGCCUCCACGACCGAAGACGAUUACAUGUACCCUUCCUCCACCACGCCAUCCAUGGAGGACCUUCCCGAAGCUGAAGUUCCACACACCGAUCCUGUGCCCCCACGCUUCCAUACGGGCCGACUGCCCAACAGCAAAGCUGGCGAUGGCAAACCGCGACUCCUGCUCAUGGGCCAAAGGAGAAGCGGAAAAUCUUCCAUCUCAAGCGUGGUUUUUCACAAGUUGCCCCCUAGUGAAACACUGUAUCUCGAGACAACAACUCGAAUAAAGAAGGAGUCGAUGCAUUCCUUCAUGGACUUCCAAGUCUGGGACUUCCCAGGCCAUCUGGACUAUUUCGACCCAGCUUUCGAUGUAGACAACAUCUUUGAAGAGAUCGGGGCCCUCAUAUGGGUCAUUGAUGCCCAAGAUGAAUAUCUUGAGGCCAUUUCCCGCCUCAACAUGACUAUCCUCAACCUUCAGCAAUCCUACCCCAACAUCAACGUGGAGGUCUUUGUGCACAAAGUCGACGGUCUCUCCGAGGAUUAUAAAGGAGAUACGUUCCGAGACAUCAUUCAGCGUGUGCAGGACGAGCUGUCUGAUCAGGGUUACGAGAACGCACCCGUUUCCUUUUAUCAAACCAGCAUUUACGAUCACUCCAUCUUUGAGGCUUUCUCCAAGGUCAUCCAGAAAUUGAUCCCACAGCUCCCCACUUUGGAAGCGCUCCUCAACAGCCUCUGCAGCACCUGCCACAUUGAGAAGGCAUACCUUUUCGACAUCAUGAGCAAGAUUUACAUUGCAACAGACACGAGCCCAACAGACAUUGGUAGCUAUGAGAUCUGCUCUGAUUACAUUGAUGUCGUGAUUGAUGUCAGCGAAAUAUAUGGAUGGGAUCGACCUACUGAGAAUGGAGAUGCAGAAUCGCAGGAAACAGGCAAUAACGACGCUGAGAGCUUGAUCACUAUGGAGAGAAAGGGCAACAACUAUCUCUACUUACGAGAGAUUAACAAAUAUCUCGCACUCAUUUGCCUCAUGGGUGACGACAGUCCGGCGGAUAAAAAAGCAGUCAUCGAUUACAACGUCGGUGUGUUUCAAGCUGCACUCAAACAAGUGUUUCCACGGGCAGAAAGGGAAAUCGCCGUCCCCGACCAGCCGUGA